AUGCGCAGUAAGAUCUCUCUUUCUCCGGCAGCAUGCCACAUUCUUGUGCUGGCGCCCCUGCUUGUUCCUGGCGCCCAAGCACUCCUGUCUCGCCAAACCAACACAUCGGAGUACGAUUACAUCGUCAUCGGAAGUGGUCCAGGAGGCGGUCCGCUGGCGAGCAAUCUCGCCCGGGCUGGGUUUGAGACACUUCUCGUUGAGGCUGGUGAUGAUGAGUUUGCCGAUCCCGCCACUCAUGUCAUUGACUAUUUUGCCUCGACUGGAAUCCAUGAUAACCUCCACUGGGACUUCUUUGUCAAGCACUAUGACGAUAUUAACCAGGACCUGAGGUACGAACAUCUUGUGUGGAAGAAGCCAAACGGGGACCUUUGGGUCGGACCCGGUGGAAGCGAACCUGAAGGCUCCGUGGUAUUGGGCGUCAACUAUCCACGUGGGGCUGUACUUGGAGGGUCGUCUAUCAUCAACGCUGGUGCGGUCUUCUUGCCAAGUGACAGUGAUUGGGACUACAUCGCGGAGAUCACCAAUGACACAACUUGGAAUGCAGCGCAUACACGUGAGUUGUUCAUCAAACUAGAGAACAACACAUACCUUCCCCCGGGGACGAAAGGUCACGGAUUUUCAGGAUAUCUACAGACAGCUAUCGGCGAUGGCACCCAGUACACCAGCGGUAAACAGGCAGUAGAUGUGCUCAAAGCCACGAUUGCGGAAUUGGGAAAAGAUCCCAACCAGCUGGAAGAACUCAUCACUUCGGACGCAAACUACGAAGACCCAAGUCGAGACACGACUCAGGGCCUAUGGGCUCUGCCUUUCCACGCCAACAAAACGUUUGGUCGUUCCAGCGCCAGGGACAGGAUCAUUGAUACCGUCGACCAGAAGUUUCCUCUCUACCUUCAGCUGAACUCUUAUGCGACUCGCGUUCUCUUUGAGCAAUCGAAUAGCACCAUGAAACCCAAGGCUAUCGGUGUGGAAUUCCUCGAGGGAAAGAGAGUAUAUAAAGGUGAUCCUAGAUGGACCGCCUCGAACCAAGGCACGAUAAAGAGUGUAUAUGCCAGGAAGGAAGUCAUUGUCAGCGCUGGUGCAUUCAAUACGCCUCAAAUCCUCCUUCUCAGCGGCAUUGGUAACGCGAGCCACCUUGCCGAGCACAACAUCCCAGUCGUCGUGGACCUUCCAGGCGUUGGAACCAACAUGCAAGACAACCAGGAGAUGGCUGUCACUGGUCUUGCUGCCGAGAAUUUCACUUACGGGCCAAGAGAUGGCUUGACCGGCGCGGAUUGUACUUACGGCGCAGUGUUCCCGGACCCUUGCUACGACGCGUGGCUUGAAGGCAAAGGCCCAUACUCGAACGCGGGUCCGAAUUCGAACAUUGUCACGUUGAAGACGGCACACUCGCCGGAUGGGGAGCGCGACGAAAUUGCUUUCUCUGGGUCUUUUGCCUUCCGCGGCUUCUGGCCAGCCACUCCGGGCCAGACCUGGAUCGAACCGCCAAAUACCUGGGGACUUCAUUCCGUCCGCAUGCACCCGCAGAACCGCGCUGGCUACGUCAAGCUUCGCUCUUCAGACCCAACCGAGAUGCCGGAGAUUAAUUUUAGGUACUUCACCGAGGGCGCGGAGACGGACAUUGGAGGAAUCAAGGAUUUCGUUGCAUGGGGUCGCCGAGUUCUGCAGCGCGUUGCUGGGCCUACUGGUCCCGUCAACAUCACCAGCCCGCCGUGCCCAACUGGAUAUGCCGCCGAUGGAACUUGCUCGGACGCGAACGCUGAUGAGCAGUUCAUUCGUGACAAUACAUUCGGGCACCACGUUACCAGCACUUGCCCUAUCGGGGCUGACGAUGACAAAUUCGCAGUUCUCAACUCUAACUUCCAGGUUCGAGGCGUCCAGGGUCUCCGUGUAGUGGAUGCUAGUGCUUUCCCUAGGAUUCCAGGUGCUUUUCCCGUCAUUGCUACAUUUAUCUUGAGUGAGAAAGCUUCUGAAGCGAUCCUAAGUGGGAAGUGA